UUCUGAAACAAAGCUUCGCUAUCUUCCUAUUCCUGGAGAGCCGAACGCGCCCUCGUUUCCAAACAUGACCGGGAGCGGACUGUUCGUGUGGACAAUGCUGUCCGGCUGCGUUCUAUCAUUGCCAGUGAUUUCAAGUCAGCUGGAGAAUGAGGACGUAGAGGUGAUGAAAUGCAUCGUGGAGGCGCUGGCAGAUGUGCUAUCAAGGCCCCGCCCCAUGCCUGUCAGUCAGGAGUGUCUGGUCAUACUGAAGACUGAUGACAGGCUUGUAACUAUCCUGCGCCAUCAUAAAUUUCUGAAGGAGCUGCAGGAAGUCGCUGUUCAAGGUGGCCAAGAGAGAGCUCAGCUGCAAAGAGACGCUGCGACGCCUGACCCAACGACACAAACUCCUCAGACUACAGACGACGUUGCUGAUCGAUCCAUGUUGGAGGCUUUAGGAGGCCCCGGCGAAAGAUCCAUCCUCUCCCAGAAGAGGAGGACAGGAAAUGCUGAUGGAGAGGGAGAAAAGAAUGAGAGCCUGAGAGAUGGAGAGUAUCAGGCAGACAAUGACAUCUUUGAAGAGGUGCAAGUGAAGAGGGAAGAUGAUGAGAGCCCAGGAAGUCACGUCUCUAAGUCUGUGGAUGAGUGGCAUGAGGGCAAAGCUGAAAAGAGGGAGGAGGAAGAAGAAGAGGAAUAUGAAGAGAAGAGGGCAAAUUCAGAGGAGAAUUCAGAGGAGGAAAACAUAUCCAAGGAUAUUUCAAGUGCUGCAUCUGAUGAAAAGACAGAUGCACCCAGAAAGAAAUCAAAAGAGAAGAAGUUUGAUGAAGAAGAUAAGGAGGAGAAAGACAAGAGAUCAGUACUUUUCUCAAACAAAGAAGUGGAGGAACAAGAGGGCGAAGGGGAGAUAAUGAGAGGGAACAGGGAGAGCCUAAAGCGAUGGACCAAGAGGGGCAAGGGCUUGCAGUUGAAGAAAAAUGCCGGCAGAAAGGAGGUGCAGCAGUACAACAGUCAGCAGGAAGUGCCACAUCAUUCGAAAGAGGUCACAGAAGAUGAGGAGGAGAAGAAGAAAAGAGACACUCAGAAGAGUCCAGAGGAGAAGGAGCUGCAGAUGAUCGCCAGAAGGGCGCCAGAGGAGAGGAGGGGAUUGGAGGAAGAGGGGAGCGCCAGUAGAAAGUCAGAGGAGCCAGAGAUUGAAAGCUUGGCAGCCAUCGAGUCAGAGCUUGAAGACGUUGCCCAGAAACUCCAUGAGCUGCGGCAGGGCUGAGAGAGAGACUGGUACAAAGUUGACACCGCAACCUCCUCUGCCUCCUCGUCCUCCUCCGCUUUACCAGCUGCCUGGUGUCCAAAGAUAAAGUGUGUGAAUAUGUGACAAGUUUGUAUCUUUUGCUAUUUUUCCUGAGGAUGCCUACUUGUGCCACACUGCUGCAGCCUCCCUUGUGACAUUGUCUGUCCCUCACAUAGAAUAGCAAAAAGUAGAUGCACAUAGCAACUAGAUAUGCAUACUAAAACAUACGAUUGCACAAGUUAGGUGCAUUAAAACAUAUUAUUCAGCACAUUCAGUAAAGCUCCCAAAGGAAAAAAUCUUUCUGUCAGUGAUCGGUGACAGCUUGUUUUCCUACAUUUCUGUGACAAUCAUCUCUGUCUUUCUGCAAAUGUGUCUUGUCUGCUUUUCAAAUUAUUUUAACUCUGCACAUUGACUUAUGUGAAAGGUUGAGGCAGAUCCAGGUAUACACACACCAACAACGUGAGGUUGUACAGUAACGGCAUGUAUACAUGUACAAAGCUCUUUCUGAGAUGCUUACUUACUUACUUAUCAGGAAGACGAAUACAUGCUUACUUAUCAUUAUUGAUACAGUUGACUCUAAUCAAGCCAAGGCAAUAAGUGAAUAUUUUUAGCAGAUAAAUGGCUGGACUGUGAUGUAAAACUGUAUGAAAUUUAUGUAAGAAAAUGAAUAAAUUGAAUAGUUUAUCUGGAAAUCUCUGUUUGAUAAAUCCUUUAAAUGUCUCUAAAUUCAAAUAAAUAUUUGCAUUAUAGAAUUA